GCUACCCGGCUGUCCGCCGAGGACUGGGGAUGCUGCGCAUCCGUGUGUGCCCCUGGCUGCAGGCGGCUCGCAGCAACGUCUGAUGCUCAAGCCAUGAGCCAUACAUCGCGGGUGGGAGAUCUUUUUCUUUUGGGUCCAAGUUUUCUUUGGAGGCUUCAGUCUGUUGAAUGCUGUGAAUGUGCAUCUUAUAUCUGGGCCCGUCGGUCUCCUAAGUUGUCUAGAAUCCAUAUAUCAGAUCAGACAUAUGGUGUGUGUGUAUGUUUGUUGGGUUAAAAACAUUCAUGGAAAAAGAAUAAUAAAACUCCUUUUAAGGCUCAACAGGAUUUACUGUGCAUGUAACACCUGCUUGUGCGUUUGAAACCAAGGAGACGCUAAAGGACUUCAUAAGAAACCAGUUUAAUUUUGGUUUUCCUCUGACUUGAAUAGACAAAACAGAGCAAGCUCUUUGAAACCACUGUAAAGCAGAAUAAACCAAUUCUCCCUACACGAACCAUUUUAUUCACUGAAGCUCUAGACUUAUCACCAAGACAUCAUUUUAUAACUGUCGUCAUUUUCAGUUGAGGGUGGCAAAAACACUAACCAGUAACCAUUUCUCAAAUUCCUCUACUUUUAGUUAUAUUGUUUGUUUAACAACCUUUACCAUUUAUAGAAGACACUAGGCUAGGAGUAAAGGGAGAAUAGGGAUUAUGUUCUUCUUAACACUAGUGAAUUACAUGGAAAAGAACCAGCCCAAGAUAAAUAUUUAAGAAUCUCUUUACAACUGAGAGAAAAAGAAGUGUUCUCAUCAUUGCCUCAUGGAUCCCCAGAAAAUAAUUGUUACACAGCCUGAUCAUCUGGUAUCACUACAGUGUGAAAAUGAGAUAGCAAACUUAAGUUAAUUUUUCUUUUUUAACCCUCCCCAAUUUCUCCUUUCUUCUCUCUGUCCUUCCCAACACUUAAGGUAUCACAUCCAAAAUAAUGAUAACAUGAAAAAAAGGAAGUGUUAGAGAUCAAAAAUAAGGUGUUUGGGCUUAAAGAUGAGAGAAGUAAAAUUCCUGUAGCUACUUGAAACCAAGGAAAAAGAGACUAGUAGAUCUGUAGAAAACAGAAUGUCAAAAAAAAAAAAAAAAUCUGUCCUCUAAGUUUUCACCCCCUUCCCCUGGUUCUUCCCACCCACCUCCCAUCUAAAUCUAAACCUGCCAAAGAAUGGAGACAAUCAAUCAAACAAAAUCCAAUUGUUUAGAAAAAUAUAACUAACAAUUUCAAAGUUAUAUUGUGCGACUUCUCAACAUUAUGCAUUGCUGUUUAGGGGCCCCUGAAUUCUUUGUAAACAUCUCAGCUUGUUACAUAGCAGGAAAAGAGUAUUCCCGACAGAAGUGUAGACAGCAAAUUGGGAAACAUGCCAGCCCCAGCUGCCCUGUCAUUUCAACAUUGCUUCCUUCUCUCUUUAUUUUUCUGAGAAAAGCCACCUUAUAUCGAAAUUUCUAAAUCUUGAACUUUAAAGCCAUGCCCAGCUCACAACUCCAACCCUACCCCCAUGCCCACACACACAUAUAGGCACUAAUAUAAAAUGCAUGUCCCUCUCCUGGCUUUUGAGAUGGGCUCUGAAAGAACUAGCAGGCGUUCUUGUCCCUUACACUGGCCAGUUCAACAGAGGUGACUGCAAGCCAAGGACUCUAUCAAGAGAAACACCUAAAAGUUCUGUUAAGAGAGAAUGUGGGACUUUUGUUGAAGCAAACUAUAGAGUGGGGAGGGGGAUUCCAGUGUGUCCCAGGAUUGCCCUUUUAAACAUACAAAGUCUAUUUAAAAGAACAGCUUCAGUCUGCUGAAGCAUUUCUAUUUCAUUUUCUUCCUCUCCUACUUCGCAUCCUGAUGCAUUGGUCAGUCUGGGGCUUAGGGAGUUUGCCUCUUUCAGUUGUCAGAAAAAAAAAUCAUUAACACUACUUCUUAAUUCCCUCCGAAGACAUUAUGUGAAUGUGUUUCUGAAAAUAUUAGUAGAAAAUAAGAUUUUGUUAUGGUAUGGUUUCGUUUCGUUAAUCUGAAAAAAAUCAGGAUGGCAGUUAAUUUGAUUACUCUUAAGUUAAAACAUUUUCAUGGGUUGGAUUAUCAUUGCAUGAGAAGUAAAAGUAAAACCACUCUGUUUCCUGUUUUCUUCAUGUAUGGAUGUGUAGGAAAUAAAACACCUUAUGAUCUGUGCGUGUCCCAUAUGCCCACACACAUCAUAUACAUGUACAUACAUACAUUUAGAACUGGCUUUGAUUUCUUGAGGGCACUUAAGAGAUCAACUUCACAUUGCAAAUUCAAGUAGUUUCUUUUUUAAGGGAUGGAAGAUAAUUGGGACAAUUACAGAAGUCUCCCUGUAUUCCAUCAAAGUGACUGGUGUAGUCCGAGGCCCUUAUCAGCUGUGGGGGAGAAUGUUUGGUUCAUAGGCAGCAGUAUUCCAACCUGGUGGUGGAUGGCAGAGCAUUCUUCUCAUUUUAAUACACUGCUGGUCUGGAUUUCAGGUUGUUGUCCUCACUUCUAGGACCUUUUUGGGAGAAAGAAAAAUUUUAUACCUCACCCCUCAAGUAAUUGUUCUAAGCCUCUUCUGAAAAUGGCCCACAGAACCUGCUCCUGUGAUUUAGCAAGCUGUAUGCUAGCAUCUUUCAUAAGAUCUCGGGCUGGGAAGAAUAUUAUAAAAAUGUUCUAACUCUCGUCAUAAAGCCUAGAAAACUGAAAGUCAGGCACAGAGGUGAAGUGACUGAUUUUUUGUAAACCACAUUCCCCAUUUUUCUUUUACCCUCCUAUCCUCCUUUCCUUUUCUCUUAUGGAGAGAGGGCUCCAGGAAGGAAGGAAAGUUCCUCUCCAGGUGAGGAAGAUGCUGAUCUCUUCGCUCCCUUUGUCUCCGUGGAGAAAAAUUUCUCCUGGUUGUCAAAGAGGCAGGACUGGCAUCAGUUCCAUGAGCUACGAAGUCUAGAAUUUGGGAGGGGUGACAAUAGGAAUAUUUGCUUUUCAUCCAUCAUGAUCAUCACGCUUCCCUUCUUCCACUCUUACAUUUUUAUUUCCCAAAGGGGGCUGCAGUACUGGUGGCGAAAAGCAGUCAUUCUAGAACUCACUAGCUUGGUCAGGAAACACUGGGCAUGCUACUCCGUGGGAAUCCCAGAGCAAUUUGUGGAGAAGUCGUCCUGUGCCCAGUCCCUGGGUGAGCUGACCAGCCUGGAUGCUCAUGGGGAGUUUGGUGGAGGCAGUGGCAGCAGCCCGUCCUCCUCCUCUCUGUGCACUGAGCCACUGAUCCCCACCACACCCAUCAUCCCCAGUGAGGAAAUGGCCAAAAUUGCCUGCAGCCUGGAGACCAAGGAGCUUUGGGACAAAUUCCAUGAGCUGGGCACCGAGAUGAUCAUCACCAAGUCGGGCAGGAGGAUGUUUCCAACCAUCCGGGUGUCCUUUUCGGGGGUGGAUCCUGAGGCCAAGUACAUAGUCCUGAUGGACAUCGUCCCUGUGGACAACAAGAGGUACCGCUACGCCUACCACCGGUCCUCCUGGCUGGUGGCUGGCAAGGCCGACCCGCCGUUGCCAGCCAGGCUUUAUGUGCAUCCAGAUUCUCCUUUUACCGGUGAGCAACUACUCAAACAGAUGGUGUCUUUUGAAAAGGUGAAACUCACCAACAAUGAACUGGAUCAACAUGGCCAUAUAAUUUUGAACUCAAUGCAUAAGUACCAGCCAAGGGUGCACAUCAUUAAGAAGAAAGACCACACAGCCUCAUUGCUCAACCUGAAGUCUGAAGAAUUUAGAACUUUCAUCUUUCCAGAAACAGUUUUUACGGCAGUCACUGCCUACCAGAAUCAACUGAUAACAAAGCUGAAAAUAGAUAGCAAUCCUUUUGCCAAAGGAUUCCGGGAUUCCUCCAGGCUCACUGACAUUGAGAGGGAAAGUGUGGAGAGCCUGAUUCAAAAGCAUUCCUAUGCACGCUCACCCAUCCGUACCUACGGAGGAGAAGAAGAUGUCUUGGGGGAUGAGAGUCAGACAACCCCAAAUCGAGGGUCAGCCUUUACAACAUCUGAUAAUUUGUCUCUCAGCUCCUGGGUAUCAUCUUCUUCCAGUUUUCCUGGGUUUCAGCACCCACAGUCCCUGACUGCUCUUGGCACCAGCACAGCAUCCAUAGCAACACCCAUUCCUCACCCCAUCCAGGGUUCUCUGCCGCCAUAUAGCCGACUGGGAAUGCCUCUGACCCCAUCGGCCAUUGCCAGCUCCAUGCAAGGGAGUGGCCCCACAUUCCCUUCAUUCCACAUGCCGCGAUACCAUCACUAUUUUCAGCAGGGGCCCUAUGCUGCCAUUCAAGGACUACGCCAUUCCUCUGCUGUGAUGACGCCAUUUGUAUGACUCUUCUAAAAAUGGGAGAAUCCAGAUCCAGAAUGUGCAAGUGGGUAUGGAAAUAUAGGACAGGGCUGGGUGGGUGGGAUGUGGGGUAUUGGAGCAGGGGUUUUCCAGGAGACACAGGACCUAUCAAAGAGGAGAGCCGGACUCACAAUAAAACCUACCACUGAGGGAAUGCACCACGGACCAGGAUUCAUCUGAGGGACAGCUCUUGGGUUCAGGAGAGAAUCCAUGUAAAGUUCUCAGCCAGCCUGAAAGUUUACUAAUACAAGGCUGAUGAAUCUUAAAGUGCAUUAUUCCUCAUUGUUAAAAUGCUGUGUUGAUGCAGUAAUGUAUAAAAUCAUUGUGUGUAGGGUUUCUUCCUGCUUUUCACAGGAUAAAAGAAUCUUCAAAGAGGCCAUACUAUAUAGCAUACUGACCAUAAUGACUAACUGAAGUCAAUUUAUCCCUGUAGAAAAUGGGAGCCAGUAGAGAAAUAUUUGUAGUGCUGUAGCAUAAGCAUGUUUAGUUUUCUUUUGUGUUAGUCUGCUGGGGAAGGAGCUGAGAUAAUGCUAAUACAUCCUGUUUUGUGGAUGAAUACAUGGUAAUGACCUCACAAAAUUCUGUUUGUAAUAUUGAAGGGCCAGUAACCAAGCUCAGUUUUCACAGUCUUCUUUCUUCCUAGUUCUCUUUAUUGCAAAUACUUGCCAGAGUUAGGGUUGGGGCUAGAGUUAUGGAGGAAAAAUCUUCCAUAUACAGUUUUGAAGCAAGAGCCUCUUAUAUUACAUGGUAAAACUGAAGUUUGAUUUUUCUGGGCUGCAUUCUAAACACACUACCGACUAAUUCACUGAGGAACACUCCAAAGCCUAGGCAUGAUGUUAUGUGAGGCUCGCUUUCACUUACAGCUGCAACAGAAGGAUGGUUGUUCUAUUCCAGAAGGAUUUCUCUGCCGUUGGUGCCAGAGAUCCCUUCAUUUUCACUUCAGUUUUGGAAGACCUUGUGGAUGUUAAAAUGCAUCUGGACAAAUUCUCAUUUUUAGUAAAUCUGCUUUGUUGUUGCUGCCGCUGAUUGACAAGGAUUUGAGAAUGACCAUUCUAAAUGCCAGGAUAGCCAUGAUUUAACUUAUGUUCCUGCGUGGAAAUGUGUCCAUACAUCUAAUUUAGCCUUUUUCCUUACUGUGUUACAUGUAGUGACUCCUUUACCAUUUUGCUAGGUCUGUAAUCUUAAAUUGCUUGAUAACGUAAUGGCUCCAUAACUGAAAUGUUGGCAAUUCUUAUAAGUAAUCUAAAGCAUUCUUCCACUUUAUUUUCAACUUUUGCUAUCUUCUUAAGCCUUCCUUUAAUGUUUAUAAUAGUAACAAAUAUUUUAGUUAUAUAUGACCUGUAUAUUGUUUUUGAACAGCAUAUAUAUAUAUAUAAGCAUUUACAGUCAGGGUAACACAUUUGGCAUUUUGCAACAAUUUAUUUCCCUAAUAACAUAGAUUUAAUGAAAUUAAUAGUUUUUCAACUUUAGAUUUAAUGCACUUCAACUACAGGAUGCAACCUGUCGUCUUAGAAAAUUUCUCCAAAACUCUAAUUUAAUUUUUGUAUGUCAUAUUCAUUCUACUCUUCUUGCUACAAAAGUAUUGAAUCUGUUAAAAGGGAUGGGAAAUAUUUCUACUGACAGUAGAAGUGUAUUUGGGGGGAAAUGCAAUAUACUUAUCACAUCAGACUCCCAUGGGAUUUUAUUUGGUGGUUUUAAUGUUAGCCUUUUUCAUAUCACAUGCCUUUCUGGGCACUUCCAGCUUGUGAAACAAGGCAUCAUGGCACAGCCUGUCUAGGUGAUGCUGUUGUUGGAUUUUGCACUUGCUAUUCUCCACUGUACUCCAAAGUUUACUUACAGAAAAGCAUGGGCUGCGUUAACAAAGCAUCUCACAAUCCUACAGCAAACACUGUGGGCCAAUUUUUAACUUGUUGCAUGUUAUGCUGUAGUAUCCACAGGUAGUUUGUUUUCAAACAAAGUACAGGUGUGCAUUUCUUUAAAAAAGCAGUUAUGAGUAAUGUUUAAACUAUCCAUAGAGCUAGGAUAGGGGUUUACUAUUUAAUAGCUGGCCUGUUGCCAGUGCUCCUUUGAAUAUAGAGUACUGCUGCUUAAAGCAGGAAUAACAAAAGAUGCUGUUUUACAUAAUGCUACUCAAUACCCUGAUAAAUUACUGGUCUACUAAGGUGAAUCUGUAUCUGAAUUUUAUUUUCAAAGAGGAUGAAAAGAUUGUUUUAGUACAUACUGUUUUGACAUUUCUACCAAUCUGUGUGUCUCAAAGAGAUUUGUGUGUUUUUGUUGAAUAUGGUUUUACCUAGUAUUUCCUGACUUCAUAAUUUUAUUUUGUAAUUAAGCAAUAUAAGACUAUAAAUAAGAGUGCUUAGAGAAAACAAAGACUAGUCAGACCUAAAAUUCUAAAUUGGGUAUAUAUUUUUAAGUAUUAUUCGAACCAGAGAAAAGAAGCACAAGUGAAAUAGAGCUUAACCUCAUCAGAGUCACUUGAGCCAUGGAAACCAAGGGGUAGAAAUUUCCCCUCCCUGGGCCUUUCUGACGUAUCCUGGUCAUUGAUUCUUAUUAAACCCUUGGGAGUUUAGUAUUUAAAAUUCCAAAGCCCAUUCUGGCAAAAGUAAUUUCAAGAACUACCUAUUUAAUGGGAAAGCCAAUUGAAUAAUAAAGGCCAUGAAUUAUAAUAUAUUUAGAAUAUAUUCAGGGUUCCUCCCACGCCUCCCCCCGCCCCCCGAGUAUAUUAUAGUGUCAAAAAGCAUGGCUAAUGGGAAGUGCUGCUAAAAAGAGGUCCUGCCAGACCUGCUUUAUCUAAUCCUGAGGAAUUAAUUCAGAACUGAAUAGGUUUUGCAGUUGUGGUUUGUUUUUAAAAUAUCAAUGAUUCUGAGUAGAUUCAAGGUCUUUUUUUUGUUUUGUUUUGUUUUGUUUUUGAGACGGAGUCUCACUCUGUUGCUAGGCUAGAGUGCAGUGGCAUGAUCUCGGCUCACUGUAACCUCCAUCUCCUGGGUUCAAGCAAUUCUCCUGCCUCAGCCCCCUGAGUAGCUAGGAUUACAGGUGUGCGCUACCAUGCCCAGCUAAUUUUUGUAUUUUUAGUAGAGACAGGAUUUUACCAUGUUGGCCAGGAUGGUCUCGAUCUCUUAACCUUCUGAUCCACCCACCUCGGCCUCCCAAAGUGCUGGGAUUACAGGCAUGAGCCACCGCACCCGGCCUCAAUUUUUUUUUUUUUUACUAACUUAGUCUUCUCCUCUCCUCUGUCUACCCUGAGCAAUAUAUAGGUAAACAUAUCCAGCUUGUCUAACACAUCACAGAUUAUUAGUUAACAAGGUGUAGAUUAAUGAGCUUAUAUUGUAUUGCUGGACCUUUUGAGUUAAUAACAAUGGUAACUUGUCCAGAAGGCCUAUCAUCAUUCCUAGUAGGUGGGCACAGAGUAAGAGAUAUUAAGAAGCUUCCUCAUGAGUCGUCAUCUAGCGAAGGCCCUGUGUAGGGCUAUAUUACAGGAGUUACAUUGACUUCUGGGGCAUUCGAAGGUCUCCCCCCUUAUCCAUAUCUCUGUCAUUUUGCCUCUCCAGCCACAACACACUUUCCUCUCCAACUGCUCCCUCCCCACCAAAAAAGAAAACCCUCUAAAAGGCAAAGGAAUAAAUAUUCUUAGAAGUAAAGUAUCUUCAUCCCAUACUGCCUUUUUCAAAGAGGUGUUAGGAUAUUUAUCCUAUUUCUGUAUUUCACAGUAGCUUUUCAGGCUGUCCUGCUUAUAUAUAAGCUGAUUUAUAUUGAGAAAAAUCACUUUUGAAUAAAGAGGAUGAAAUGACUUUACACCCCAUUAAAUACUCAGUCAAGCUUAGCCAUGACUCAGUAACUAAAAAGUUCAAAAAAUCCAGUUAUGUAAUGUGCAGAGUAACAAAUUGCAAGAAAAACAACUUAAUCUUCCAGUGACUAAGUAAGAAAAACUGUUGUCACUAUUAAACAUGUAGGAAAUUGAUAAUUAUUACAAACAAAGCAAUACUCUACCCUAAAUCUAGACAAAUCACUGGACAGAUGAUAAGAUUUUCAGCUUUCUCCUUUAAAGAGCUGUGCCUGGCUGGAUGAUGGGUUUUAUACACGUUUUUAUGUUAUUUUAGAAUGUACAGAUUUUUUUGUAAACAUGCAAAGGGAAGGUUACAAACUCCUUAAACUUUAAAAAACCAUCAAAUCCUUUGUUUGCUACUUAUAUUCUAUGCCAAUUAUAAUAUUCCAAGACUUACCUUUCUUCAGAAUGCUUACAUAUGGAAAGGUUUAUUUAUAAAUAUUUGAUAGGUAAAUAUUCCAUAUGUAUUUUCUAGCCCUUCUUUCUCUGUCCCUCCCUCAAAUAACUUCAUUACCCUCUCCUUUUUAAACAAAAUAUCUUGAUAAUAAGAAAACAAAAUCAUUUUUUUGUGAAAUAAUACAUAUGGACAAAAAAUACAAGUUGUAUUUUACUUCUGGUUCAUUAAAAUAUUGUGUUUAGUUGGAUUUUUUCCUCCUUUAUUUUCAGAAACAUAAAAGAAAUUGUUUUAUUUCCUAAAGGAUAAAAUUGGAUAUAGCCUCUUUAGUAGACACUAUCACAGUUCUGUUGUUUGCUGUGUUCAUUUGCUUAAUGAAUUGCGUGAGAACAGUCACUGUAAUGAAAUAUGUGUGCUGGGGGUGGGGGGAAGGGCAUGGGAAAUGUUUUAUGAAAAAAAGUUAUAAGCCUAAUACUAUGAAGUAACAUCUAAUGCAGUUCUUUUUAAGUGCAAUAUAUUUAUUUCUGCUAGAAAUAUAUUAUCAACCUUAUGUAAUAUUUGAAGCAUUACAUAUUAUUUGUAAACAGCUUAAAAUUAUAUAUUACCCCAAUUGUACAUAAGUACAAAUGUGUGGAUAUUAGUUUCUUUCAUUAAAAAUGGUGUUUUUUUAAAAAUACAUUUGCACCC